ACCUCCUCUCAUCCCGUGUAUUAUUGCUGCUGAGAUAGGGGUUGAACUCUUUUCUACAUUUUUUCUCCCGGCAAAUCUUAUUGCUUGCUUAUUUCAGUGAUAGUACAGUGUUUCUUUGGCUAUAUUUAUGGUGGGUAAUCAGUAUGACCUGUCCCUACCAAUAUUAUGUUAAUAGUUCCCUUUAUGCCACCUGGUCUACGCUACAAAUCAUGGUAGCCUUUGUGGUUUUAUUCCUACCACUUUAUGUUGGAGUGCGGCAAUUGACGACUCGAAAAGUUUUUUAAUGAUUGCUCAUCAUUUUUGCAUUUGAAACUAACACAAAGCAGCGAAUGACAAUUUUGAUAUAUAAAAUUCUUCUCUUAAGUACCCUACUCUAUAAGUAGCCAACUCUGUGUGCCUACAUUCCUAGCUAGCUGAAGUACCCUUGUCCUCUUCUAGUGUAAUAAUGACCAAAUCAAAAAUUUCCAUUCAACUUCCUGUUCUUGAUUUGUCUCAACCUGUAGAGUCCACCUUCCUCUCUGCACUCUCUCAAGCAUGUCAAGAAUGGGGGUUUUUCUAUGUUAUCAAUCACGGUAUACCUGAAAGUAUAUUCAGUGAGCUUUGUUUGCUAUCGGAGCAUAUAUUCAGCCUUCCUCAGGAAUUGAAACUCAAACUAGGUCCAUCAUCAUCAAUCCAGACCUACACUCCACGUUUUAUAGCAUCUCCUUACUUUGAAAGUUUACGAGUGUCUGGACCCAACUUUAUGGCCUCUGCAAAGGCGUCUGCUGAUGAACUUUUUGGCUCACAAAAUCAUGAAAUAAGCAAUGCGUUGCAAGAGUAUGGAAGCAAGGUGAUUGAGGUGUCAAAGAUAGUUAUAGAGGUUCUGUUGAAGUGCUUGGGCAAUGAUUACGAAGAGAAGUAUCACAAGACAGAAUUCAGCAACUGUCAUGGUUAUUUGAGGAUUGUAAAUUAUUCCCCACCUGAAAAUGUAAAAGAAAAAGAGGUCGAAGGACUUGGAAUGCAUACUGAUAUGAGUUGCAUAACACUAGUCUAUCAAGAUGAGAUUGGUGGGCUUCAGAUGAGAUCCAAGGAAGGGGAGUGGUUGAAUAUAGAUCCUUGCAAGGGUUCUUUGGUGGUUAAUAUUGGAGAUUUGAUGCAGGCUUGGAGCAAUGGAAGGUUUAGGUCAUCUGAACACCGAGUUGUUCUUAAGCAACCAGUGAACCGCCAUUCUCUGGCUUUCUUUUGGUGUUUUGAGGAUGAGAAGGUGAUAUUGGCACCCAAUGAUGUUGUGGGGAAAGGUAACGCAAGGAUUUACAAGCCAUUUGUCUGUGCUGACUAUCUGAAAUUUAGGGAGAGUAACGAGGAAGGAAAGUUUGAGAAAAUUGGAUACACUGUCAAGGAUUUUGCAGGGGUUAAGAUUCAAGCAACAGUCACUACAAUGCUAUAAGUACUGUUUAACAUGUGAUAUGUGGUUCUGUAUGGUGAAUUCGCUAUUCAUAUUCAUGUUCCUGGUUUUUCAUACUCUGCCGUCGAAGAUGGUUGAUGAUGGAGAAAUUGCUCUGCAGUAAUGUUCAGAUUGCUUCCACUCCUUCCUGCCCCCUUUCUAUGUUUCGAUAGCAGUAUUUAAGAUUCAGUAUUUAAGAUUGUCUCUUUGUAUCUGGAAUUGGUGUGGUUUUGUUGUGUGAUUUGUAUCAGUGUUUGGCUUAUACUUGACAUGGGAAGAGCAGGGGAGCGAUGUCGAUUGAAACUAAGUUGUAGGAGAUUUUGUGCCAAAUGUACUAGUUGUUAGUUUGAAAGGAGAAAAGACGAAACAUGUAAUGUUGAUAUUGCAUUCCGUUGAAAUGGAAUUCAACAAAUGCAUUUUAA